GUGAUUUGGGGUGUCGAGCCAGCCCGACGAGAGGUGGAUGAGCAGGCCAUGAGCACGCGCAAGAUGGCGGGCAAGGAUAAGGCCACCAUAGCCAAGGAGGCCCAAGAGGAAGCCAGCAACAAGCAGGCGGCGGCCGAGGCGGCCGCCAAGGAGGCGACCAAGUUGGAGGCCGCGGCCAAGGAGGCCGCCAAGGAUGCCACUACCAAGGAAGCCGCGGCCAAGGAGGCCACGAAGCAAGCGGCCGAGAAGGAAGCGGCCGCCAAGGCAGCGGCCAAGGAGGCGGCCAGCAAGGAGGCGGCGGCCAAGGAGGCCACCAAGGCGGCCACCAGUAAGGACGCGGCCGCCAAGAAAGCGGCCAAGGAGGCGCAGUCCAAGGAGGCGUCCGCCAAGGAGGCGGCGGCACGGGCAGAGAAGGCCAAGGAGGCAGCUGAGAAGGAGGCGGCCGAGAAAGAUGCGUGAAGAAACC